AUCAGGUUUAUAUAACCUAAAAAGUUGUGUCGUGUAGUUUAUUAUUAUAUUAUUAGUUAUAUUAGUUAUUAGUAAUACUAUAAAAUAAAAAUGAAUCAAAAAAUUUCCUUCGAUGGAAACGUAUAUGAAUUUCAUGACGAUGACCUUCCAUACGAAGAAGAAAUUCUCCGCAACCAACACUCGGUGAGACACUGGCUGCGGUACCUGGAUCACCUUAAGUCCACCAAAAGCACAAACUUAAGCAUCGUAUAUGAGCGUUCUUUAAAAGAGCUCCCCGGUAGUUACAAACUGUGGUACGGAUACUUGAGCCACCGGGUGAGUCAGUUAAAAAACCGUCGACUUGAUGAUCCGUUGUACGAAGACGUGAACAACGCCUUUGAACGGGCGUUGAUUUUCAUGCAUAAAAUGCCACGUAUUUGGAUCGACUACUGCACAUUGAUGACGGAGCAGUGCUUCAUCACGAGAACUAGACACAUAUUCGACCGGGCUCUGCGAGCUCUCCCGAUCACCCAACACCACCGUAUCUGGCCUUUGUAUUUAGACUUCGUCAAAAGCCAUGAUAUACCGGAGACCGGGAUCAGAGUCUUCAGGAGGUACCUCAAGCUCGCUCCAGAAGACACAGAAGAUUACAUCGAGUAUUUAAUUUCAAUCGGCCGCUUAGAUGAAGCUGCUAUCAAGCUUGCCCACAUCGUCAACCAAGAUGACUUCAUCUCCAAGCACGGAAAGUCGAACCACCAGCUCUGGAACGAGCUUUGCGACUUGAUUUCCAAAAAUCCGGACAAAAUCAAGUCGCUGAAGGUAGACCCGAUCAUCAGAGGCGGUCUCAGGCGGUACACUGACCAAGUAGGCUCCCUCUGGAACUCCCUAGCCGACUACUACAUCCGCAGCGGCUUGUUCGAAAGAGCCAGGGACAUUUACGAGGAAGCGAUUCAAACUGUAUCGACAGUCAGAGACUUCACCCAGGUUUUCGACGCUUACUCGCAGUUCGAAGAAAUAGCGACGAAGAAACGCAUGGAAGAAGUCAGCAAAAACCCCAACAGGACUGAAGACGACGAAGUGGAGCUAGACCUACGGCUCGAGAGAUUCGAGCACCUUAUGGAGCGAAGACCUUUGCUUCUCAACUCAGUUCUCCUGAGACAGAACCCUCACAAUGUUCCUGAAUGGCACAAGCGUGUUAAACUCUACGAAGGGCAGCCUCAUGAAAUAAUCAACACUUUUACAGAAGCAGUCCAGACAGUGAAGCCUCAAUUAGCUGUUGGAAAACUUCACACCCUCUGGGUGGCCUUUGCAAAGUUCUAUGAAGAAAACGGACAGUUGUCUGAUGCGAGAGUGGUCUUUGAACAGGCCACUCAUGUUCCGUAUACUAAAGUUGAUGAUCUAGCUUCUGUGUGGUGCGAGUGGGCGGAGAUGGAGCUUCGCCACUUCACUGGCAAUCGCCCGGAGGAAGCUAUGAAGUUGAUGCAUCGCGCCACUGCGAUGCCGUCCAGGAAAGUCGGGUACUACGACGAGACAGAGACGGUUCAGAUGAGGCUGUACAAGUCCUUGAAGGUUUGGUCGAUGUACGCUGACCUGGAAGAGACUUUUGGGACUGUGAAAACCUGCAAGGCUAUCUAUGACAAUAUAAUUGAUCUGAAAAUAGCUACGCCUCAGAUUAUCAUCAACUAUGGGAUGUAUUUGGAGGAUCAGAAGUACUUUGAAGAGGCUUUCAGAGCUUAUGAGAAAGGAAUUGCGAUGUUCAAGUGGCCGAAUGUCUUCGAUAUCUGGAACACUUAUUUGGUUAAAUUUUUGAACAGGUACAAGGGCUCAAAAUUAGAACGGACACGUGAUUUGUUCGAACAAUGUUUAGAACAUUGUCCGCCAAAAUAUGCAAAAGUGUUUUAUUUAUUAUACGCAAAGCUUGAAGAAGAAUAUGGACUUGCUAGACACGCGAUGAAUGUUUAUGAUCGCGCUAUCAAGGCUGUGCCUACUGAAGAAAAGUUUGAGCUGUUUAAUAUUUAUAUUAAGAAAGUCGCUGAGAUUUACGGCAUGCCCAAGACCAGGGAAAUUUACACCCAAGCUAUUGAGGUCCUUCCUGAAGACAAGUCCCGAGAAAUGUCGCUGAGGUUCGCGGAGAUGGAGACCAAACUUGGUGAAGUUGAUCGAGCUAGGACUAUUUAUAUUCAUUGCAGCGAAAUUUGCGACCCGCGAGUUACGUCGAGGUUCUGGCAGAUUUGGAAGGAGUUCGAAGUCCGUCAUGGGAACGAGGAGACGAUGCGUGAGAUGCUGAGGAUCAAGAGGAGUGUGCAGGCGAUGUAUAACACUCAGAUUAACAUGAUGACGGCCCAGAUGCUAAACAGUACUACUCCUACGGAAAAUACUGUGGAUGCGAUGAGAUUGCUGGACAUGAAGGCUGCUGAUUCUGGAGAAGCUCCGCAAGGAAGUGCACCAGCUCCUCCAAGAGGCACGAUAAGCUUUGUAAGAAGUAUCACCGAGGGAGGAAAGGAUGAUGGAAAGGUGAAAAAUCCGGAUGAGAUUGAAUUAGAUCUUGACAGUGAAGAGGAGACAGAGGAGAUUGAAGAGGAAGAAGUUCCCGUGGAAAAACAGGCGAUUCCUUCGGAAGUUUUUGGAGGGUUGAAGCCUGUUGAAGAAAUGGAACAAGAUUAAAUGUAUUCCUUGAUAGCCGGCUCAUAUUAUAACUUUCAGAUAACUUAGUGCCGUGAAUUAUAGAUAACUUGAAAAAAGGGUUGGCAAUAAGUGUUAAUCUACAAGUUAUCGUAAAGUUAUGGUCAAGUUUACUUCAACGAAUUGUACACGGAAAAAAAAUAUUCUCAAGAUGACUAUCCAACGUAUCCUUAAAUGACGUUUUCUUAAAAUAACGAUCCGGAUUUCUGAUUUAAGGAUUCAUUUGUUUGACUUAAGCAUACAGAGAAUAGCUCUUGUAAAUUAUUAAUAUGUAACUAAAUGUAACGCUAAAAUAAUAAUACGGAUCGUCAUUUUGAUGAUCCGCUGUAUAGCUGAAUUGGCUAUACAGCGUAUAUCUCUAAAAAAAAAAAAAAAAUGACUAUACAGCGUAUAGUCAGAAUAACAAUACGUAUCCUUAUUCUAACGAUAUUUUUUUCUCCAUGUAUUGAAACAAUUGCUAUUAAGUUGCCAAAAUUUGAUAUUCAAGUUUAUUAUAAGCCUAUAAAUAAUUUGUUUUUAAAUAUGGGCACUAUCCUAUUGUUAACUUGCAUAUAAGGACAGGUAUUUAUAGACUUGACGAUAACUCGUCACUAACUUAUCUUCAAGAACUUAUAGUAUGAGGUGGCUAUCAGAAUUCUUAAUUAUUUUUAAUAAUUGUAUAGACAAUAAAUUUUUUUUUAUUUAAGUAUUAUAUUGUA